GUUUGAAGUUCCAUGACGCUGUAUUUGUAAAAGAGAGUGAAAUUGUUAGAUAAAUUAAAAGACUCCUGGCUCAAAAACAUGUUUAUAUCGUAGUUUUAUUAGUAUAAAUAAUAAGCAAUAGGUUUUAAAAUGGUGAAACGGAAGAAUACGGUGUUGUUAGACAGCGAUUCGAGCAACGAUUCCGACAGCGACUUGGAUUCGGAAUUCCUAAAUUUGGCCAAGCAGAGGAACAAAAAGAAAAAAUCGCCCGGACACAAACCCUCCGAAUCCAAUUCGGACUCCGACAAUUCGGCCAGCAAUUCGAAGAAACGGCCCAAAACCGAUUCCGCCGACGCCGCCAUCGAACCCGAAGCGAUAAAAAAGCAAGAUGAAGGCGAGAAAUCCGAGCCCGAGGAGGGCGAAGUCUCCGAUUCGUCCAGCUCGGAGGAAGAAUUCAACGACGGCUACGACGAUCAAUUGAUGGGCGACGAAGAAGACAGAGCCAGACUAGCCGCCCUCACGGAAAAAGAACGAGAAACCGAAAUAUUCAAGAGAAUCGAGCAAAGGGAACUCAUGAAAACCAGGUUCGAGAUAGAGAAGAAACUGAGGCAAGCGAAGAAAGCCGAACGCGCCAAAGACAAAUCCGCCAAACCGAAAGACAGAGACAGGGACAAGGAGUUUGUGAGCAAGUUGCAGAACGAUUUCAGCUCGAUCGAUCACAAGGAGAGAAGCAAAGAGAGGAAGAAAAACAUCGAAGAGAACAGAGGAAAGACUGACAACAAACGGGUGAACGCCAUGGCGGAGCUGAAGGCCCGACGGGAGGACAAACUGAAGCGCGAAGAGGCCGAGGAGGAGCGCAAGAAGCGCGAGGAACAGAAGAAGAAAGAGGAAGAGGAGAAGAUCAUGUCGAAGAAGAACGAAAUGAAACUCAAAGCUUCCGAUAUCUAUUCCGAUGACUCGGAUGAUGAUACAACGACCAAACCCACUGCCGCUCAAAGACAAUCCCUAUCGGCCUCGAUCCGAUCGAGGUCUCGCUCGAGGUCGGGAUCCGAUUCGGGCUCGAGGUCUUCGUCUAGCUCGAGUUCCAGCGACAACGAAGAGGACCAGAAGAAGCCGGCGUACGUGCCGUCCAGGCAAGAUUUGAACCUCAUCAGGCUCUCCAGGCACAAGCUCGAGAGAUUCGUCCACAUGCCGUUCUUCGAGAGAAUAGCCGUGGGUUGUUUCGUGCGAGUGGGAAUCGGGCAGCACAACAACGCCCCCGUGUAUCGAGCAGCGGAGGUUAUAGGAGUCUACGAAACCGCUAAAAUAUACAACUUAGGCAACACCAAAACCAAUAAGGGUUUGAAAGUUAGACACGGUCUUCAAGAACGGGUGUUUAGAUUAGAGUUUAUAUCGAACCAGGAAUUCACCGAUGGGGAGUAUUUGAAGUGGAUCGAAGCGUGCGCAGUGGCCAAUCACGAAAUGCCUAAGAAGAAUAAAAUCGAACAGAAGCAGGCCGACAUCAAGGAGGCGUUGAGUUAUGAAUUCAACGAGCAAGACGUGGAAAGAAUAAUUCAGGAAAAAUCUCGCUUCAAAUCGAGCCCUUACAACUACGCGAUGAGGAAGACGCAGUUGAUGAAAGAGAGAGAUACGGCGAUGAGUCGAGGCGAUGAGGAUUUGGCGAAGGAAUUGGCGCAGAAAUUGGCCGAUUUGGAAGAAAGGGCCUCGGAAUUGGAUAAAUUACGCACGUCCACUAUAUCUAGUAUUUCGUACAUUAACGAUAGGAACAGAAAAAAGAACGUAGAAGAGGCCGAAAAGGCUAUAAUGGCGGAAGUUAGAGCUAAUAAGGGCAAAAAGAUUGAAGAUCCUUUCACGAGACGGUCUACGAAACCUCGGAUGAACUUCAAGUCUGGCGAGAAAGAGGCCAGGGAAUUGAAAGAGGCGGAACAGGGUAAAGUAAACGAGGAGGAAAAGUUACCCGAAGCUACGUCUGUGGAAAAAGAAACGAAGAAAGUUUCGCUACCGUUACAAGUUACUCAGGACGAUCUGUUUUCUGCUCACGAUUUCGAUAUUAAAAUUGACCUAGAAGUUCCUUUAGCUGCCACCCCAGUCAACGUCGUUCCCAAAGCGGUAACCAAGGAUUUGGCCCCAAAAAGGAGUCUCAAUCUGCAGGAUUACAAGAAGAAAAGGGGACUCAUUUAGUAUUCGUGUCUAUCUUAUUUUAUCUAAUUUUCGAGGCGCAAAUGUAAUUUUAAGCUAGAUGAAAUGCGAACGGUAUUAAAUAUUUUCAUUUUAGAACGUAUUGAAUUCAUAACGAGUGGUUUUCUCUGCUUUAAGAUUGAUUUGAAAUUGUACAUAGUACUUACAAUUGUAUGUGUUAUAGCAACAAAAUAUUUUUUUUUACAAUA